AUGAAAUCGGUUAAAGAUUGUAGCAAGCUAAAGUUGGCAUGUCAAAGCUGCAGGAAAAGAAGGCGUAAAUGUGAUCUACAAAUGCCUUGUCUUAACUGCCAAAAAUUUGGAGUGGAAUGCCUUCCCAUAGACCAAGACUUGAGGAAAAAACGUUAUACAACAGGGUAUGUCCAGUCGCUGCAUAGUCAUAUCUCUCUAUUGGAAUCCUAUAUGAGAAGACUAAAGGAGGCCAACGAUGACAACGAGCGAAAUAAAAUUUUAGCUUCUAUAAGCAUUGAUGAUAUCAAUGAGGAAAAUGCAACGAUUACGGCAAGUAUGGCUGAUUCUGCAUACCUCAUGAAUACUUCACGUACUGUUGGAGCUGUGGAACAUAAUUCAGAACCUAUUUCUACAAUAAUUACUGCUAAUGCGUCUAGUGCUACAUCGCACAAUUCAGUUGUUCACACAAAAAACCAGGUAGUUUCGUCCUCAAUAUACUCUAGCGAUUCGCUAUACAUCCGAAAGAGAGAUCCAGUGGUACCUAUAGGAGAUGCAAAUGAGGCUCCUGCGACAAAUAUGAAGAAUCUUUCGAGGAGCCCACUAAUAUUGCGCGCUUUAUCAUUCUUUUUCAAGUGGCUAUACCCUGGUCCAUUUACUUUUAUUCACAGAGAAACUUUCCUUAGUGCCUUUUUUGGAGAUAUAAAUACCAAGACUUAUUACUGCUCUGAAGAAUUAGUCUUUGCCAUUGCCGCACUGGGCUCCCGGCUGUCGCAGAGUUCCGAUGAUUUGUAUGCCAAAUCCACGGAAUAUUACAAUCUUUCUAAACUGAAGGUUCUGAAUAAAGUUUUUCACCUGGAAGCUAAUACCUAUAUAGGAAGUUAUUCCUCCUCUUCUAAAUUGGCUAUUGUUCAAACUCUCCUAUGUUUGGCUUUCUAUGAUAUUGGUAAUGGUGAAAAUCCAUUAGCUUGGUAUGAAUCAGGGUUGGCAUUUCGUAUAGCUCAUGAGAUUGGGUUACAUUUAAAUCCUGAAGCCUGGGAUAGUGUUUAUGCUGAUAAACUGUCGCACUUAGAUAUCGAAGUUAGAAGCAGAAUAUAUUGGGGAUGUUACAUUGCAGAUCAUCUUAUUGCAGUUUUAUUCGGGAGAUCUCAUACGUUGAGGUUAUCGAAUUCUACAAUUCCAGAGACAGAUGAGCUGCCUAAUAUUGAAACUGGGAUUGAAGAUUACCAAUAUGAACCCGGAGUUUCUUUACAUAUGGCGAAGCCCUUAAAAAAAUUGAUUGUGUUGUCUAGGAUCACCGAAGUAUUCGCAUCAAAAAUAUUCAUCAAGGCAGGCUCUAUGGCCCAAAGGAGUGAGUACCUAAGAAAAUUCAAUCUAGAAUUCUACAAUUGGAGGAUGAAUCUCCCAGAAGAAUUUCGUUGGACAAAGAGUUCAAUCAAAGAUUGCGAUAACAAUCCAACCUUGACUUACAUAUGGUACCACUACUACAUAAUUCUUCUGUCUUACAAUAAGCCAUUUAUGGAAGAACUAGAGCAAAGUAGGAUCAUUAUCCAAGAAACAAUUUACGAAAUCCAUUGUCUAUUAUUAUCCUUUAAGAAACAACACAAAACAUUCGAGAGAUGUAAUAUCUAUAUGGUCUACGCAGCAAUUUUGUCAAUCCAGUGUUUGGAAAGUGGAUCUAUUAGAAAAACGAACCUAAAUGAUUUCAUGGACUUUCUGGGUUCACCAACUUUGAAUUAUGAUUUGGCCAAAAAAAUGUUUGAUAACGAGGUGAGUACCAAUGAUAGCAUUGAGUUAUUGGGAACCUUGACCAAUGGUAAUGACUUCACAUUCAAGUACAACUUUGAUUUCACCUUGUUGAAUGAAAUUGACACACUAAUUGGAGGUUCUAAUAUUAAUAUUACUUAA